AUGCCCAACUGGCCCGGGAUCGCCGCCGCUCUGCAAGCGGUCCUACGACCUUCGAUACUCCAACCUAGACUCAGGGUACCUUCUAUCGCUUCAUUGGAUUUCCAAGAGUUCAAGAGAAGAGGGGUGGUCGGCGUCGUUGUGGACAAGGAUAAUUGUCUGGUGCGAGAUCAUUGCCCUCGAAGCUCUCUUAAAGAUGCUCCUGGACCGAGGUGAAAGAACUUCAUCUGACUGGAAUGCUUUUCAUGACUUUGAUAGACGAAGCCUUUGGAUGACGGGCUCACACCCUCUCUGCGACCGGCAUGGCAAGCCUUGUUGACGACCUUUGGAACGGCGAACGUGCUCGUCGUCUCCAACUCGGCCGGUACACGCAAGGAUCCUCUCUUACUCCAGGUCAGUCGGCUUGCUACUAUCUUAGCCCAGCACCAGGUGUAUAUACUUAGAAGUGCAACUCGUCUGAUGUAGGCCGAAUCCGUCUCUCGCAACUUGCUCGUACCCGUGCUCGUUCACCCCACACCUAAACCGGGCAAGAAAUGCGCCCACCAAGUCGCCCACUACUUUACCCAACUACAACAGUCACCUUCUUCACAUAUACCCCACACACCGGGACCGACAACAACAUCCCCCAUCGUCUGGUCCAGGCAAGGUCGAGUCCUCGCGGAGGCUUACGCCCAACGACGGCACUUUGACUCCACGCCCACAGCAGUCGACCCUUCGCAAGGCCAAGGGUCCCUCAUCCUCGUCAUUGGCGAUAGGGUCACGACGGAUAUGAUCUUGGCACGACGCAUCGCCAACGUCAAGACUGCCCAAGGCCGCCGGAUAGAGACCAUCUCGAUCCUCACGACCGAGCUGCACGAAAGGGAAGGACUUGGGACGAUGCUGAUGCGGACCGCGGAGAACCUUCUCGUACGGAUCGUCGAAGCGAGGCGGAGAAGAUCGCCGAUCAGACAGGUUCCGGAUGGUGGGCAGGUAGUGGGCGAGGAAGAGCUUGUCGCGACGUCGUCGACUGAUCCGAUGGGUUCCACGAGGGCCGACGAGCGGUGGGAAGAGUGCACGAUCUUGACUACCACAGCCAAGCAAGUGCCCAUUCAGGAAUCCUCGACCGAUCCCGAAUCUGCGCUACCUUUUCGGACAGGGUGGAAGAGGUUCCUACCUCGACCCCCACGGAGACUCGUCCAGGCCUUCUCUCUGCGCUCCAUCGUCUCGACGCUGCAUUUUCAGCUCUCGAGGUUGAUCUCGACAUGGACGCCACCACCACCACCGCAGAUCGAAGGAGCAUACAAGACCCCUUUGAGUGAUGAAUAUCGAAGGGAAUUUGCCUCCCCGAACCCGACGGAUCAUUGGAGGGCCGUGUCGAACCGUGCGGUCGAGGCGGCGGAGCGGGCGGUCAGAAGUGGGGAAGCCGCCGUCGAUGGGCUCAGAAGGCGGUUGUAG